CUCCUGAGGAGUUGUAAUGAUGAGGCAGACAGCAGAGUGCGCGAGCGCGCGGGCCAACUUUGAGGGAGUUCAUUAACAGGAGAAAAUAAACAAACGCGCGAAAACUAACGAACUAACGCGCGGGUGAACAGGAGCCGGUAAACAGCGCGUCUGUGUGCGUUUAGUGUUGAGUUUUGGCGCGCGAAGGAAGAGCAGGAGGAACGGGAAGGUUGGAGCGGUCCGGUCACCGUAAGUGCUGCCCUGCGCCGCGCGCGCAACGCCGUCGUCCACGGGAGCUCGCGCUGCUCACACGGUCUCUCUCUCUCUCUCUCUCUCACACACACACGCUCUCACGCUCUCUCUCUCGUGAGCGCGAGCUUCUCCUCCUGACAGCAGCGACAGCAGCAGCAGCAGCCUCGCGCGCUCCCCUCCGCGAGCUCGUGCUCGUGUUCUCGCUGCAGCACGUGAAGCGUGUUUUCAGUGUGUUUGGAUGAGGCCCCGCGGACGGCGCGCGGAUCUCUGAACUCGCACCGACCCCACGCGCGCACACAGUAUCUGGAUUAAAGGUAACCAGGGUGGAAGCGUUCAACUGAUGGAGAAUACACAGGAGCUGAACGAGCAGGCGGUGAAGAAAGCUCUCUCUGAUACACAAGGUCCGGACCUCUCAGACAACAGGUCUUUGGAGAUGCAGGACUUAACCAGCCCUCAGCACACCGUCACCAGCAGCAACGACAGCAGCUCCAAACUCACUAACAACAUCUCCACCAAUGGAACGGGAGGAGAGAACAUGACAAUUCUAAACACGGCUGAUUGGCUGCUGGGCUGCAGCUCUCCGCCCACUGCCUCAAUAAAGACUGAGCCUCUGAACAGCAGUGAAGCCGUCAGCACAGUAGGAGAUACAGGGCUGGACACUUACACAGGGUCAGUUAUAACCAGCAGCGGAUUCAGCCCUCGGCCUGCGCACCAGUAUUCACCACCACUCUACCCAUCAAAGCCUUACCCCCACAUUCUGUCCACGCCUGUGGCUCCGCCCAUGUCCCCUUAUAACGGCCAAUCCCAGUUCAGCAGUAUGCAGCAGUCCACGGUGUACACACCAUACUCCCAAACCACGCAACCCUAUGGCCUCUCCACUUAUGCAGAUUUGGGGGUGAUGUUACCAGGGAUAAAGACAGAAGGGGGUCUAACCCAGACCCAGUCCACCCUCCAGUCAGGGCUCAGCUACAGUCCUGGUUUCACCACCCCUCAGCCCGGACAAACAGCCUACUCACCCUACCAGAUGCCAGCAUCAGGGUUUACAACUUCCCCCGGCCUCUACACCUCCAGCAACUCUGUCUCCAAUCCAGCCAACUUCAGCACACAACAGGAGUAUCCAUCAUACACAGCGUUUGGGCAGAAUCAGUAUGCUCAGUAUUACUCCGCCUCAUCAUACGGCUCCUAUAUGACAUCCAACAGCACACUGGAUAACACAGGCUCCACCUCCAACUAUCAGCUGCAAGAACCCACCCCCGUUAUAACAGGACAGGCUCCUGAACUGCACCCAGGUGAGUUUGAGGCGGGCCAGAGUCCAUCCACACCCAUAAAAGAGCUGGAGGACAGGACGUGCCGAGGAGGCGGAGCUAAAACAAGGGGGCGAGGGAGGAAAAACAACCCCUCUCCACCUCCUGACAGUGACCUGGAGAGAGUCUUUGUUUGGGAUCUGGAUGAGACCAUUAUUGUGUUCCACUCACUUCUCACUGGGUCUUACGCACAGAAAUAUGGCAAGGAUGCUCCUAUGGCAGUGACGCUGGGUUUGAGAAUGGAGGAGAUGAUCUUUAACCUCGCAGACACACAUCUCUUCUUUAAUGACUUGGAGGAAUGUGAUCAAGUACACAUUGAUGACGUGUCAUCAGAUGAUAAUGGACAGGACCUUAGUACUUACAGUUUUGCCACUGAUGGCUUCCAUGCAGCUGCGACUAGUGCCAGCCUCUGCUUAGCAACCGGCGUCAGGGGAGGCGUGGACUGGAUGAGGAAGCUGGCCUUCCGCUACAGAAGAGUGAAGGAGUUGUAUUGCACGUAUAAAAACAAUGUGGGGGGGCUCCUAGGGCCAGCCAAGAGAGAGGCGUGGCUCCAACUUAGGGCAGAGGUUGAGGCUCUCACAGACUCAUGGCUCACAACUGCACUCAAGUCCCUGUCAAUCAUCAGUUCCAGGAGUAACUGUGUGAAUGUCUUGGUGACUACGACACAGUUAAUACCAGCUCUUGCUAAAGUGCUGCUGUACAGCCUGGGCUCUGCGUUUCCUAUCGAGAACAUCUACAGUGCAACCAAAAUAGGAAAAGAGAGUUGCUUUGAGCGCGUAAUGCAAAGGUUUGGCAGGAAGGUAGUGUAUGUUGUAAUUGGGGACGGUGUGGAAGAGGAGCAGGCUGCUGCCAAGCACAACAUGCCAUUCUGGCGAAUAUCGAGCCACUCGGACCUGCUCGCCCUUCACCAAGCACUGGAAUUCGAGUACCUGUAACACUCGACGACUGUAUCAUAGGCCUCUUUUUGUACAACUAUUUAAGAACAACAGUACACUGUAAUCUCCUUUUAUGUUGUUUUUGUGUCUUUUUAAUAAUUUCUCUGGCUUCUGAGGUAACUCUGCACUGUCUUAAAAAAAAAAGACUCGGACUGUCUGGGAAAGAGGCAGCUGGGUUUUAAACGGUCAAACCAGGCUCGACCAGAGCUCACAAACGUCUUACAUCACACACACACACACACUCACAAACUGCAUUUCACUGGGGUGUUCAUUUCUCUCAACACAAACCGUAAAGGAACGACACUCCAGCCCACAGUCACACAGGCCCUCUCUGAUCAGAGAGACUCCAGGUUUCUCAGCUGUAAACCAAUAGAUAUAAAUGUACUAUCCCAAAAAAUACAUAAUACAAUGCACAGUCUAGCAUAGAUUGAUAACUCAUGUAAAUUAUUUUACGGUAACUAGUUUUAACAGUAAAGACGCUGUGUGUUGCUAAUGCAUAUUUUUUUUCAUUUGGUCUUUUUGUAAGUUUUUGGCUAAGAAGUAUGUGUAUAAUGAUUUGUCGUGCCUUAUGAACUGUUUUGUGUGACUUUUGUUUAUUUUGAAAAUGUAUGUAGAUGAAGGAUAAAACAAAAUGAAAGACUGAAA